AUGUCCACAAUCAACUUUCCACACGAGAACGGCCGCGAGCCUCCCAUCUACAAGCCCUCAACGACCACUCCCACAACAGCAGCUCUCAUUUUCAUCCACGGGCUCGCAGACUCAGCAGCCGCCAUAGAGAAUGUUGCAGACCAGUUUCAGCAAGGUGGAAAGCUUCCUUACAUGUCCUGGAUCUUACCCAAUGCAAAGCGAAGUCCAAUCACGCUUGACACAGCAUGGUUUACUCCCAAUGGCCUUCCAUCUCAUGCGCCUUCGCGUCCGGAGCUCAUACCAGAUGAAGACGAGGAAGGCAUGUUGGAGAGCGUAGCGUAUAUCGAGUCCAUUGUUGAUGCGGUUGUGGAGAGUGGUCUGCCACCUGAUAGGAUUAUCGUUGGCGGCUUCAGUCAAGGCUGUGCGACGAGUCUGCUUACGCAUUUGACUUCGAGGAAGUAUAGCGGAAAGCUUGCGGGUUGCGCGGGACUGUUGGGUUGGUUGCCUUUGUGGGAUGGCACGAAGCGAGUCAAGGCGAUCCGGGAAGAGGCUGGACUCCAAUCGAGUGGCGAGCAGCAGGGAAAUGAGAUUCAGAUCUUUUUGGCGAGAGGUGGAAGGGAUGAGUUUGUGCCGAAGAGAGCGUGGGUGUAUACUCUGGAAGGUUUGAAAGAGUUGGGAAUCGUAAAGGAGGAAGAGUCGUUGGAGGUGAAAGGGUAUCCUCCUUUGACGCAUACGAUCAAUGCGCCGGUGCUGAGAGAUCUUUGCCAGUGGAUGGAGAAGGUUCUUCCGCCGAUUGAAGGAUAG